AUGGCUGCGAACACACAGGUCGCCUCACAAGGCGCCGUCAAGAAGACAGUGGGCAAAGGCAAAGUUGCCCCGUCCCGCUAUCUGAACCCCACAAGCGCGUCGACAUCGCGGGCUACUGCGGUCACGGGCUCAUCCUCGAAAAUAGGGCCGACUGUCCCUUCCAGCGUUAAGGGGAAGGCUAUCGCACCGGCGCUCUAUACAUCGAAAGACAAUCCAAGCAGUACUAGUAUCCGUGAAUAUGAAUCAGUUACUACGAAGCGCGUCGUAGCCCGCGCUGCUCGCAAAGACCUUGGUUCAUCGCGAGGAAUCAGCGAGAAGACUUCAACCAACAACAGAAACCGAUUUCCUAUCAGUGCGAGCGCAUCAUCCUCCGUCCCCGUCCAGGCUACCUCUCGUGAGAAACUCGAUAAUGACGCUUCUCUGCAACCGGAGGCGUUAUAUCUAGCCGCACAGACGUAUUCGUGGCUGUAUAUGACCUCCACAUUGGAAAACCGUUUCGACAACUCAAAGAAGGCUGCUAGCGAUGCUUUGGAAAGUCGUUCCCGAGAACUUGCGUCUGAAGAAGCUGAUAUUGCAGAUGCGAGGACUCGUUUCGUGUCCGAACGAUUACUAGAUUUCUAUGAAGAAUUAUCCGACGUCAAGCUGUCCGGUGCAGUGCCUUCAGUAGUGCAAGCGUACCUGAAGGUCGAGCGUACCUAUUCAACGACAAUAUCGGAAGCCGUAUCGCUUGCGACACAGUCUCACGACGAAUACACUGAUAUCAGGGUGUAUGCCAGGGUUCUGGAUCACAUUGAUUGUCUUCAGCAGGAAGUGGAGACUGUGGAAUCUUUCAUACUAACGGCAACGGACGUCCAGCUUCAUGCGCGCGAAAGACCUCGUGCUCUCCAGGCUCUACGGGAACUACUACCGGUCAUUCGUGCUCAGGCCGAUAACUUGAACUCACCAUCUACGCCCGCUUCCUCAUCAACAAGUCGCAAACAUGUGCUGCUCGGGGAUGCGUUUACUUCCAACCACAAGGGAAGUGGCUUUGCGACCGUAGCGGCCCAGGGCGAUGGUAUUCAUAUCCUUGACCUCUCGACUCUCCAUCCGGCCAUUUCGCAUACGCUUGGGCCCAACACCACAUUUUCUUGUCCUCCGGUAACACAGACCAGCCGUCGUAAUGGUGUUGACAUUUGCACAACAUUUGCUGUCGUAGAGUCUUCACCAGACGUACUUCAAAAGGAGGGUGGUCGCACUGUUUGGAAGUGGGAAGAACAAUUAUCUGGUGGUGUGAUGUCAGGGGAUGCACAGAAGAAGAAGAAAUCGGCAUUAGUUCCUCAUGCAUUGUCGCGCAUAUAUGUCUGUGACGACCUCCCUGAUAAGCUACUUUUAGUGGAUCGGCGCGGCGAAAUCAGCCUCUCAGAUAUGGAUUUAUCCCCAGAAAAUCUCAUAUUCCCCAUUACACAGAGAAAUGCACAAACGACGCUAUACAAGCAUUUUGUCUUUCCCCGAAAGUCCUGUACAUUUAUGUCAAGUGGAUCCAUGCUGGGUGGUGUCGUCGCAGCGUUCCUCUGGCGCGAAUCCGAUCAAAUGAAGGUUUCUGUCACCUCUGUGGACACACACAGCGGUCCCACUUCCGAAGGGGAGUGUAUUCUUCCCUUAACUGAGGCCGACAUCGUAGACGCGUCUUUCAGCGCGUCUGGCUGCAUCACAGUCCUCACCUGUAGCGGUACCUGGCGCUCCUUCCAACUAUCUGAGUCUGCGACCUCCUCAGAGUCCUUCUCCCUCCGCCCACUUUCCGAACCCAUUCAUCUUGCCGCACUCUCUUUCCUUUCUGCUAUAACCUCCACCGAAAUUUCGCUGUUGGCCUUAACGUCCUCUCAUGUCCUCCUUUCUGGCAUCUCGACUUCGCCAGGAUCCUCACCCGAAAUCACUCUCCUCAUCUGGGACAUGCAAUAUGGUGUCCUUCUGAGUGAGCAAAGAUGCGGCGUCCCGUCAACAUUGGGAAGGCUCAAACCAAAAUGCAUACAAAUGCACCUCGCUGCUGUGCCUCCAACUGAAUCACAAUCGCAGGCUCUGCUAGUCCUCUCGCCAUCCACGGACCGCCCUGCGAAGCGUGUAGAUAGUAAGAGCAACAUUUUGCAUUCGAGCAUCCUCGUUGUUCCAUAUACAGUCCCCUUAACAUCAACAAUUGCGAGGGCACUUGGCCGUGCAUCUGCUAGUACAAAAUACCUCAAGUUGAAUUCUGAGCAGAAAGGCCUGUCAGGGUAUCAUAAAUUUUUCAACACCGCUCAGGCCAAGUUAUUGAAGUCUGUACAACAUGCAAUGAAUACCGCGACGAACGCCGAUGUUGAAAGGGUAUUCGAAGAGUGGGUUGCUGAUGAGGAGCAGAGAGCCAGCGCUCAAUUCGGUGGGAACGUGGUUAGGCAAAAUGAAGAACAUCUGCUGCCUUUGGGUCAUCUCUUCGUGAAACAGUUGCUGGAUAUUGUCUUGCCUGCGUCGACCAGUGGGAACACGUCCAGUACAAAACUGCCACAUGCACCAAAAGUGGUGAGGUAUCUGCUCGAGAGGCGCGUUGUGAGCGACUGCAUGAUUGAGGGAGGGCUUAUACCAGCGCUCCUGCUACGGCAUGAUUGGGAAUCGGCAGUACUGGCUGUGCAGAAAGUCAUAGAUUUGCCAGAAAUGGAUAUAACAUCCUUGCUUGCCCAAGUGGUCGCACAGCGUCGACAGGUUCAGACAGAUAAUGAUGCUAUGCAGGUCGAUUCGCCGGCCGGCAUGCCUACGCUGCCUUCUUUCCUCUCAUUAUUCGUCCAUUAUCCGACAUCUCCUGCAACUUUACGGAUAGCUCUGCGCAGGCAUUUGGCUGAUGCUGAUGACCUCACGCAUGUGCUUAGUAUUCUUGACGGUUGGGUCGAGCAAUGGUGCAGAGAAGAUGUACGCCUGCUACCUGACGGAGUAAAAAAGGAUGCACAUGGGGUCCAAGUCCCAUUCUACACAGAGCGUAAACAAGAAGGUUUGCCCUCCCUUGACAAGAUCCUCAAUUUUGCUCAGUCCAUCUUCGACGCAUCAUUCUUGACCCUGCUUUCCUACCCUCCUGCGCAUGUACUCAUCCGUACGCUCCUUACACGGCUGCGGCAGGAGCUCGCCCUUAUAUCCGAACUACAAGUGUUGCACGGCCCGUUGCGACCAUUUGCUUGGGCCCACACGCGAGCAGUGCAUGAGGGCAUUCAUGGCCCGGCAAAGGUAGACACUAGCAUCGAUUGGCGCCGUAGGAAGAAAUUAGCGCAUGAGCAGGCCGAGAUGUCAGUGAGACAAUACCAGGUCGAGGAGCUUGUGAUUUAG